UCACACAGCGAUGGUAGUUGAAGCAAAAAUUAAAGAUAUAGAUAGAGAGGUGGCAUUAUUUCACAGUGCAAAAAAUCGGAAGAGAAAGGAGGAAAUUGAACUAGCUAGUCACAAAAUGGGGAUAGCAGCCGAAGCUCAUAACGUGAAAAUUUUGGGGUCAGGCACUGAGUAUAUAGUUCUGGCUCACGGAUUUGGCACGGACCAAUCCGUGUGGAAACACUUUGUACCAUAUCUCAUCGAUGAUUUUCGUGUCAUUCUUUACGAUAACAUGGGCGCUGGAACCACCAACCCUGACUAUUUCGAUUUCGAACGCCACUCAAGCUUAGAAGGCUAUGCAUCCGAUUUGCUUGCCAUUUUGGAAGAGCUUAAUAUUGAAUCUUGCAUAUUUGUUGGCCACUCUGUUUCCGCAAUGAUUGGUGCUAUUGCUUCUAUCUCUCGCCCUGAUCUAUUCACCAAGCUCAUUAUGGUCUCCGCUUCCCCCAGGUAUUUGAACGACGUGGAUUACUAUGGAGGGUUUGAGCAGGAAGAUCUGAACCAGUUAUUCGAUGCAAUGGCAGCAAAUUACAAAGCAUGGUGCUCUGGGUUUGCUCCACUGGCUGUGGGUGGGGACAUGGAAUCAAUUGCAGUGCAAGAGUUUAGUCGAACUUUGUUCAACAUGAGACCAGACAUAGCGCUAACUGUGUCACGGACUAUUUUUCAAAGCGAUAUGAGGCAGAUUUUGGGCUUUGUCACUGUCCCCUGCCAUAUCAUACAAGCUAAGAAAGACAUGGCGGUUCCAGUGGUGAUCUCCGAGUACCUGCACCAACACCUUGGUGCUGAGUCCAUCGUAGAGGUCAUGACAACUGAUGGUCAUUUACCGCAAUUAAGCUCGCCGGAUAUCGUUAUUCCAGUGCUGCUCAAACACAUUCAUCUUGAUAUUGAGGCCAGCAGGUAAGCUCUGACGUGAAAGAAAAGAGAAUUGCUUUUUUUUUUUUUUAUGUAUAUGUGAAAGAACAAGGGGAAUAGACGGAAUGGGUUCUCUUCCAUGACAACUGUCCCUUUGUGUUUACUGUGCUGUGUGAUCUAAUUGUGGUAAAGGUGGAUAGACUCUCUUGUAGUGGGAAUCAUGCGUCAUUGUCUGUUGCUAUGUUGUAGGCAUGGAUUAAUGUUUUUCCUCCUGAUAAAUUGGGGAACGGUGAGCAGCAACAAAAGAGAAUUAGUGUGCUGAAUAUUUUUAAGGUUUUAGUUAGUUUCAACUUUGUACUGCAUGUUUUGUUAACCUAAAUUUUGGAAAACAAAAACUUUUAUUGCCGUAUUUUUUUCUUUGGGUGAGAGAAAAAUUAAAAAUCAACGACAAAGGAAAUUAACAAAAACUUAUACAAGAAAAUGACAGCAAGCUAAUAUCUUAACAACAAAACCUCUAUUUAUUUAAAAGAAUUUCAACUUUAGCAAUCAAUUUAGCAAGUUUAUUUCCAACGCGAAACACGUGAACCAUUUCAAAAGAUUUGACACAACCCAUCAAUCAUGUUUUGGAUAUGGCAUUGGUUGUACUUACUAUGGUAAGGGUCAUUUUACCUGAUCUUGUAAUACUGGUUGGUUGUGAUUUGAAUAAUAUAAAAACUUGAAAUGACAUGACAAAUCGAUAAGAUAAUUUUAUUUUGAGAAAAAAUGACAAAUUACCCGAACUAAAGUAAGAUAGCAGAAUAGG